AUGGAGCCGCCCGGCGGAUUGCCGCCAGACAGAGAUCGACAGCUGGUGUUGCGGAAUCCGGCCACGCCCGUUGCGCCUUUGGUGGCGCGUCUGCCGCAAUGCAUGAAGCCGACCACAUUGAGCUUGCAGCCGCAGUCGCAACCACAGGCCAGUGCAACAGCUCUGUCGCCAGCCACCGCCACAGGCAACAACAAUGCAGCGACCGCCACAAGCGGCGGCAGUGGCAGCGGAAAUGCCAACAGCGGCAGCGGAACUGGCAAUGUCAGCGGUUCGGGCACCAGUCCUGCUCUGGCUUCCACCGCCACUGCGAUAUCGGCAACCACUCAGGCGGCCACUGCCUUCAGUGGCAGCUCAGUGGGUCACCAUCAUUUGCAGCACCAUCAGCAUCCUCAUUCAGCAGCAACUUUGGCAACUGCAGGACCCCCACAUUCACAGUCGCAUCCUCACCAGCAUCCUCCGCACCAUCCACACCAACCGCACCACCAUGGAUCUGCCUCGGGCGCUAGUACGCUCUUAAGUGGCGGGGGUGGGAGCAGUCAGCAGCCCCAGCAACAGGCCAUCGAGAAGUUGUCACGACCCAUGGCUUUCGAUAAGAUGGAGGCGUUAGUGCGCGAGAUGCAGGACCAGGAGCACGGUGUGCCUGUGCGGCAGCAGAAGAUGUUCCUUACCUCCAUACCAUAUGCAUUUAUGGGUUACGAUCUUAUUGAGUGGCUAAUGGAUCGCUUACAAAUUGAGGAGUCUGAGGCGCUGAACAUCGCGAACCAGCUAUGCCUGCAUGGCUAUUUCUUUCCCGUCAACGACUCAAAGACGUUGGCCGUUAAGGACGACUCGUCGCUAUAUCGCUUCCAGACGCCCUAUUACUGGCCCUGGCAGCACAAGGCGCCCGAUAACGUUGAAUACGCCAUCUAUUUGGCCAAGCGCUCGUUGCGUAACAAACAACGCCACGCAUUAGAGGACUAUGAAGCCGAAGCGCUCGCUUCUCUGCACAAGAAUCUUAAGGGAAAAUGGGAUUUUAUCUCGAUGCAAGCUGAGGAGCAAGUGCGUUUGGCCAAGGAGCGCAAGAAGGGCGAUAAGAUUGUAGGGGAUUCGCAGGAGCGCGCUUACUGGCGCGUACACCGUCCACCACCCGGCCAAUUCACGCCGCUGGAGCCCUGUCCGGUGCCGUCGCGCGAUCGCCAGGGCCUCAAGCCCAAUAAGAAGAAGACUGUCGACGAUGUGCAACGCGAGGUGGACUAUUUAGGCAAAUCGCUAAAUCGCACACGAAUGAAGAUGUCACAGGCCUGCGAGUCGCUCGUCUGUUACUCGGAAACCUUCACAGAGUACGACUUCUUCUUGCAGCCAGCACUACCCUCCAAUCCAUGGGUCACCGAGGAUAUUGCCUUCUGGCAGCUAAACAAUACAUUUGUCGAUGUGCCCACAGAAAAGCGCGUCAAACGCUGGGCCAUUUCCAUUGAAGAGCUUGUAUCAGAUCCGACGGGUCUCCAAGAGUUCACAUCCUUUUUAGAGAAGGAGUAUUCGCACGAGAAUAUACGUUUCUGGAUAGCGGUGAAUCGAUUACGUCGCUCAGCACACUCGCAGGUGGCUCGCAAGGUCAAUGAGAUAUACGAAGAGUUUCUCAAGCCUGGUGCUCCCUGCGAGAUCAACAUCGAUGGAAAGACUAUGGAGAGUGUUCUGCGCGGUCUUAAGAACCCUUCUCGCUUCACAUUCGACUCGGCAUCCGAGCAUAUCUAUAUGCUCCUACUAAAGAAGGACUGCUAUCCACGCUUCAUACGCUCCGAUCACUACAAACGACUGCUGGAGACUGGCAUUCAACCGUCGCACAAGAAGCGCUUCUUCAACUUCGGUGGCGUGAGCGGUGCCAAGAAGAAGAUGACGGCAGCUCUCUCUAGUCAGCCGAAUCUGGGCGAUGCGGCAAAGGGAACGAGUGGCAGUGGCAGUGGCUCCAUGAUGCAGGCUCCACCGCCGGGCAAUCUGUCACGACGUCGCGGCAGUGAUCGUAGCCUCACGGGCUCCGCUCACGAGCUGGCCGUGAUUGGAGUGAACAAGGAUGCCGGCUCUAAGGUGCCGCACUCACACUCUCAGAGCAAUCUCAGUGAGAUACCCUACAGAGAGACACCAAAGACGAAGCCAGCACGCCUAGAGACCACAGUUGAGACUGUGGCCGGUGCGGCUGCCAGCGCCGUCUGCCCCUGGGAUGAGCCUGUUGCGCCGCCCCCCACAAGCACAGCAGCUGCCCAGGUGAAGCUCUCAGUUUGUCCGUGGGAGCAGGAUAGCGAUACAGGACCCACAAUGACAGCGCCAUCCACAGGCGCCAAUAGCAGCACAGACACAGCUAUAACCACAACUGCAGGCAUGAGCAUCGGUCAUGUCAAGGGCAACACACAACGAUUGACCAGCACCUCAUCGGACGGAAACGGCAGCGAUGUGGCCGAACGCCUUCAACGUAAUCUGGGCAUAAGACAUCAGAAUACUGUGGAUAGCGGCGAAGCUGGCAUGAAACGUUUAAUGCCCAACUUUACUGAGCAGCGACGGGCCUCUGUUUCCUUUACGCCCAGCCGCGUAGCUGAAUAUCCAUUCGGGCGACCGUCCGUUUCAGCUAUGACUUCGACAACGCCAUCGCCCACCGUGGGCAGCCAAAGUGUUGUGAGCACAAACUUCCCACCCCUGUCUGCAGCUCUGCAGGCCAGAAGUGCCGUGAUAAUGAGCAGCAACAACAGCGUCAUCACGAAG